CCGCCAUCUUGAAAGCGUAAUUGUUGUCAUGUUUACGUUGUAUGUGGAAGUUAGAAAUUGUUAUUUCUGAUAAAAAAAGAAUAGUUUUGAUGUAACUGAUCGGAAAAAGUGAAUUGCAACCAUGUUUUACGCACACUUUGUGCUGGCCAAAAAAGGCCCUUUGGCCAAAAUUUGGCUGGCAGCUCAUUGGGACAAGAAGUUGACGAAGGCCCAUGUAUUUGAGACGAACAUCGAGAAGUCUGUUGACGGAAUUUUGAAACCGAAAGUGAAGAUGGCUCUGCGUACUUCAGGCCAUCUUUUGCUGGGUGUGGUGAGAAUUUACUCAAGGAAAGCGAAGUAUCUGCUGCAGGAUUGUAAUGAGGCUUUCGUUAAGAUCAAGAUGGCCUUCAGGCCUGGCAUGGUUGACUUGCCGGAGGAGCACAGAGAAGCUGCCAUGAAUGCCAUCACUUUGCCUGAAGUGUUUCAUGAUUUUGACACAGCUAUGCCGGAGUUAAAUGAAGUUGACAUUGAAGCUCAGUUCUCUCUAAACCAGUCCAGAGCUGAGGAGAUUACAAUGCGUGAGGACUAUGGCUCCUUGAAUCUUGUCACACAUGAUGAUGGGUUUGGGGACAUGGGCUUUGAUGCUGACAACCCUGAUAUUAUGAGAGAGGCUAUUGGGAAUGAAGGGGGAUUGGAACAGAGUAAUCUGCUGUUUGCCGACGGAUCUUCCUUGGAACUAGCAGGCAAGGAGUCUCUCGUGAGCACGAGCGCGGCUGGGGUGCCCGCGCUGGCCACGCCAGCUCACGAGCCGCGCAUGGAGGCAGCGCCGCAUGGGGCUAUGGACGACGGCUUUGGGGGAACUAUAGGCGACGUCGCGGACUUUGGACAUGCGGGCGGUCUGUUCGAGGGCGACCUGUUCGGCGACGUGACGGCAGGCAGUUCUGCGGGCGGCGCCGCGGCCGGCAUGCCGGGCACUUCUGAGCAGCCGCAGUCUUUGCAGGCGGAGAUUGAGGCGGCAGGUGGGAGCGGGCAAGCCGAGGCAGGCGCGGUGGAUGAGGGCGCGGACUCGGACGAUGACAUGCCGCACUACGACGCACCGCCCUCACCCGGCUCGCCGCCUUCCCCGGGACAUAGUUGGGGCGGAUCGCCAGCGCGCGAGGCGGAGACGCCGCGGCCCGACGACGCGGGCCUGAUGCCGCCGCCUGCCGUGCCCCGUCCGCCGUCCGCGAGACCCAUGGAGGUAGACGGUACAGAGACCGCGGAAGAAGAGCCUCCACCGGUGGAAGCUCCCGCGACUCCUGCGCCUGCGCUGGACUCCACCACUUUGCUGCAGAACGAGGAAGAAUCCUUCGCUCUACCCCCCGUUGACACUACUGUACUUAAAGGUAUAACCAAAGCGAAACGCAAGCGCAAACUCAUAGUCGACGAAGUGAAGAACAUAUCAGGCGAAGAAAUGAAGAACCAACUCAGUAACACUUCGGAUAUCGUCACUACAUUGGACCUCGCGCCGCCUACGAGACGGUUGAUGCAUUGGAAAGAGACGGGUGGAGUGGAAAAGCUCUUCACACUUCCCGCCAGGCCCAUACCUUCCAGAGUUUUAUUCAAGAAAUAUCAACGCAACAUGACUCUUCGAACGGACCCUGAGGAGGCGGAAGCGGCGCGCUCGCCCGACCCCGCCGACCCGCCUGUACCUAAACGUGGAGGUCGCAAACGAAGACACGAGGAGGUCAUUCAACCCCCUGGAACACCCGCGCCAGCUCAAGACUUGGAGCCUCCAACACCAGUUCCACAAGAGUAUGAACCUUCCAUCGAGUCGGAGCGUGUGCCCGAGCCCUUCCAAACGCCGCGCCACGACGCCGACGUCGAGCCGCCCAACACGCCAGGAAUGUUGAGUUCCCUUGGAGCGCCGCUCACGCCCGGCACGCUGGGUCCGCUAACACCUGGAACCUUGCUGCAAGGUGGUAUUACACCUGGAAGCUUGCAGCAUGGCGCCAUGACUCCAGGAGGACUAACACCUGCUGGACUGCAGCACGGAGAUCAGCAAGAACUGGCACUCAAUGCAGCUUUACAUGGAGGUAUGACGCCAGGAGGAAUGACUCCAGGUGGAAUGACUCCAGGAUUAGGAUUAGACGGAGGAAUGACUCCGGCGGGACUGGCUCACGGAGGAUUGACACCUGCGGCACUACAUCAUGGACCAAUGACGCCGGGUGGUUUAGACCACGGCGGUAUGACACCAGUCGGACUUCAGCAUGGAGGGAUGACGCCAGCCGGUUUACAGCAUGGAGGCAUGACUCCAGCAGGUCUCGCCCAUGGAGGCAUGACUCCAGCCGGUUUGCAGCAUGGUGGCAUGACCCCAGCAGGACUGGCCCAUGGAGGCAUGACUCCAGCGGGACUCGCGCAUGGAGGCAUGACUCCAGCGGGAUUGCAACACGGAGGAAUGACUCCAGUCGGACUCGCGCAUGGAGGAAUGACGCCGGGUGGUUUACAACAUGGAGGCAUGACGCCAUCAGGUCUUCAGCAUGGAGCACUUCUCCAACACAGCAUGGAACAGCUCCCAAUGAUGCCGCAAAUGGGUGGUGAGCAACACCCCCUAUUAGCGCAGUCGGUGCCCGCGCCGCACCAGACACACCACGAUCUCAACACCGGCCCCAUGGAGCCCUUACCUCUGCCUUUGGACCAGGGAGACUAUCAGAGUGGUAUGCAGAUGACGAAUUUAGGAUACGAUGACCAGCACGGACACCAGAGCCCGACGCAUGACUACGAUCUGCCCCUCAGUGUUGAGAAUCCGGAGGAGAGCGAGCGAGACGCACGCGAGGUGGGCGAGACGGAAGAGCAGUUUGAGGAGCGCGUGCUGAACCGGCGCGCGGCGCAGCUGUUCUCGGUGAUGCGGUCCAAGCUCGCCAGCGGCCUCGCUCUCACCUUUGCCGAGCUCGCGCCCCGCCAUAACAACAGGAAACAGGUGGCGCAGAAAUUUUACAGUUUAUUGGUACUCAAGAAACACCAGAUGCUCAAACUAGAGCAAGAGGAAACUUAUGGACCCAUAAUAAUCACUAAAGGCGAACAGUUUGAGACUGAAGCCAUUUAGUUAGAGUUAAGUCUCAAGGUUUCUAUAUUCGUUAAGAGGUGGGCGCCCUUAAUAUAAAGCGUGAAAUAGACACAAUGCGCGACGGAACAGUGUCGAAACCGACUUUUCGAAGUUGUAAUAUAACAAAGGAACAGUAUAAACAUAAAAAGGUAUCGUCCUUCAUACUGCGGUUCGAUUUCAAAAAAGCAAUCACCGGCAAAAUUUACUUUUUGAGUUGUCCAAUAUUUGAAUUAUUUCUCUGGCUGUUUUCUAUAUUGUCUAAAUAAUUUAUUUUCUGUUUAAAAUAAAUAAAAAUAACACUUAAUCUUUAUAUUAUAAAAUCAAUUCGAUAGAUAAUUUGUUCAUCUGCUCUAUAGUUGUUAUGGCUCUUCUCAUAAUGAUUAUUUCGUUUAUCAAAAGAAGUGAUGAAGAAUGCUUUGUAGGUAUGCUAAGAUUUUUAGUUUGGUCCUAUGGUAGCACUACUUAUUUAUUAGAAAUAUCAGUUUUAAAUGUUCUCGUUUAUUGGCGAUAACUCAAAAACUAUUUUUGCAGUUAGCCGGUUUAUAGAAAUAGGCCAGCAGCAAUUUUAGCAUGAUAAAUAAAACACGCGUACACGCGCUUUGAGUGUGACGUCACGCUUUGUGUCUAAGUAUUUAAUAAAGGAAAGAUGGUACAGCUAGUUUCACUAUUUAGGUUGAGCCAAAAAUUUCGUGUAAGUGAUGAUUCGAAUUCAUAGAAACUUUAAAAGGACCAAAAUAUUAUAUUGUGUAUUGAUCUCAAAAAUCGGAUGCCUGAUAUAGUUUAUUGCAAAGUAAGGUCCACUUUACUGUCGCAGUUGAAUUUAUAUUAAAAUAACUAAGAUACUCCCUAAAAUAACUAAGAAAAUAAACGUCUAAUAGUAUUCCAAUUGUUGACAAAAUUCACCGGUUUUAUCAAGAAGGAGGGUAGUCAUCGAAUUUUGUACAUGUCAAUAACGAAAUUAGUUUAGCUAUUGACUGAUUAUUUUCAUUUUUAGGGUUCCAUACCCGAACGGUCCACCAGGCCCCUAUCACUAAGCCUCCGCUGUCAGUCCAUUUGUCUGUCUACGGGCAUGUCAUAAACUGUAAUAGGUUAAAAGUACAUAGUGUUAUACAUUUACGAUGGUUACGGAACCCUUCGUGGGCGAGUACGACUCGCAUUUGACCGAUUUUUGAUAGUUUUAAACUCAAAAGUGUUGACUGAAUAGACUAAAGUGGACUCUUCUUUACGAUCAGUGCAGUUUCUGUGGACUUGAAUAUAGAAGUGACCUGUGUUUUGUUUGGAGGACAAUUUAUAGAUAUGUAGAGAAUAUUGCCUUAAUUUGUU